AUGGCGCCACCCCGCAACUUGCCGAGAUCGCCGUUCGCUGGCAUAGGCGCAGGACACAGCAUCUUAGCGAAUCUCGCCCGUGAACCCUCCUCUCCGGUUCGCCCUUUACAUCAGUCCAACACUUGCUCGACCAGCACUCCAAGACGCCUCGAUGGUCUUCCGCUGACCGAUGCAGCAUACAAUGCAUCGCUUGCCUUUUCCGAGCAUGACUUCAUCAGCUCGAUAGUCAGCGACAGCCUUUCCCGCGCUUUCUACUUUGACGUAGUCUCGGAUCAAGCAACCCCCUUCUCCUCUUCCUCAAACGCUCUUCCCACGUCUGUCAUCGCUUCUGCCUUCACAGCGUGGCUUGGUGAUCCAGUACAAGACUAUGACUCAGACACGUUCGGUGAUGUCCGCUCUUCCGAUGACGCUCAGGCUGUGCCCAGUUCUUCAAGUGGCUCCAGCAUCACAGCCGUCUCCUCUUCCUUGGCUGCCUCCUCGUCACCUUCCACAGCACACAAGCUACCCACAGCCAGUAAAGCGUCCGAGAUUGACCCGGCCCGCCUUUUCGGUCGUGUUCAGGAGCUCAUCGACACAGAGCGUAGCUAUGUGAGACGCAUCGAUGUCCUUCAUCAAAAGUACGCAAUCCCCCUCCGUACACUCGCAAAGGAUCGCGACACCGCCAUCAUCCCACUCUACGAGGCUCAGCGACUUUUUGGCAACAUCGGAGAAAUUGCCGGUGCGAACCGUGCCUUCCUCAAUGACCUGGAACGCCUCGCUUCGCAAGGUCAAGACGUCCUUCGUGCCGGUCUUGGUGACGUGCUCUACAACCACAUGUCCUGCUUCUCAUGCUACACCGAGUACUUUGCCAACUUUGAAAAGGCUAAGCAUAUCGAACAGACGCUUGCAAAGCAUCGUGCUUUCUGCGAAUUUGCUGAUCGCGCAAAGUAUUCGGUCACUGGCAUCGGCAACACGGGUCUUCGCGACCUUCUCAUGGAGCCCAUACAACGUAUUCCGCGCUACAAGCUCCUCAUCGAUGCUAUCCUGGCACAUGUAGAGUCUCGCGACCCGCUUCGUACCCGUCUUGAGCAAGUCAUCACCCUCAUCAGUCGCAUCGCGAGCUGCGAAGCAGAUGAAAAGACCAGGAGAGCCGCCGUACUCUGGAGCUUCAGUCGCAACGUCGACUCCUUUCCAGCCGAACUCAUCAGUGCCCAUCGCAGAUUCAUCGACUGUAUCGACGUCGAUGACUUUCCUCUUGAUGCAUCCACAGCUUCCUCUGGCAUCGCCGCUUCGUUCUCGGGUCUCAGACCUAUUCACUGUACUCUCUUCCUCUUCGAUGAUCGCAUUGCCAUCGUCAAACGCGCCAACGCUUCUACCAGCGCUCGUAAAACGGUCGGUCUCGACGACAUUAGUCGUCUGACUUCUCAGAUGAAGACGUUUACCGAAAAGAGCUCGCACGGCGCCUUGCUUCCAUCUAGCAAACGCUCAGAACUUUCCUUCCGCGGCUCUAUUAGUAUCAUGGACGUUGACGCUCAGGAUCUCGGAGGGACCGAUCUGCAACUCACCCUUCUUCGCCAACCUAACCAUGUUUCUGGUGACAGAUGGACAGGCCGACCCUUGCGCCAAUAUGUGGCCGUAGACGCAUCCUCGUCCACGACCUCCACGCAUGCUUCUCGCGUUCAGAUGGGCUCUGGUGCUCUCGAUGCCGACCUCUCAGCCAAGCUCGAAAAGAUGCGCUUCCUCGAGAGUGUGUGGAGGGCAAAGGCGCUCUUCAUGUCCAAAAGGAGCCGGUGCGAAGUAAGGUACAAGAUCUUGCCCGCCUCUCGCCGCAGAAUCAACUCUGAAGAUGCUUUGCUCGGCAUGUCUCAGACAAACUCGAGCCUACAGGAUGCUCGCAAGAUCAUUUACUUCCAUCUGCACACACGACAGAGCUAUGCUGGCGAGACUCACAAAACACCAGUAGCAGUGUCACUUAACCAGAAUGGCGUUACGGAUGUACCACCUCUUGGCCAUAACGAUUUGGCUCAUCCUCAUGCCAUUCUUGACAUCAUUGCAGUAGACGAGAUGGAGGAGGAAUUCGCUGCUCAGGUGCGUACAAAGGAUGUACAUGGCGGAGAGUUGCUCGGCCAAGAGCACCAACUGUCAUCUGCCGAUCUCGGUGAGCAUAUUGUUCAGCUCUCGGAUGAAGUCGAUAAGCGUUUUGGCAGCUCGCUUCGCAACUACGCUCUCAGUCAACCCGGAACGCCUUCUGGGUCAGGUUUUCGACAGCGAGCCAAAGCGGCCGCAGGCUUCGAAAACUUUGGACGUUCGCUCCUCUUCGGAGCCAGUGGUGCCGCUUCCAGCAUCUCGAGUGCCGGCAUCUCCAAUCUCGAUGUCUUUGGCUCUCCUGCUCGUCGCAGCAACAGCAAUGCCUCCAAAAGCACCUUCAGCAGCAACGCGGCAUCCAUCAGCAGUCGUGGCAUGACCAUGUCCACCGCAGGGACCAGCAUCAGCAGUCGCAGCGGAGCGUUCGAGGCCAUGUCUCGAGCCGCCGACUCGCCUAAGUCGUUCAGGCGCUUUAGCAGGCAUAGAUCUUCUUCUGUUGGGCCGCCCUCCAGUGCUGCAAGCCGCUGUGAUGCUGACAGCGCCGAUGAGAAUGAGGACGGCGUCCUUCGCCGAGCUCGAGCUCUUACGCCCGAUCCGGUCUCACUCCUCUCAACAUCGGCUGGCGCAUCCACUUCAACAACUCCACGCAAAGUUGGGACAAGCACGCUGGUUGGAGGCCGCGCCGCCGGAGGUCAUGUCAGGGCAAGAACCGAGAGUGCAGCACCCACAACCCCGAGCUGGUCACCAUCGAAAGCACAGCUGCCAUAUCAGCAACGCCAGAGGGCUGAAUCUGUUGAUCUUUGCAGGACGCCGAGCUCCGCUGGUCGGAGGCCCACGGGUCCCAGAGAACAAGCAAGUCCAAGCCCUGCGCCCAUUUCGAAUGCACGUAUCGAAGCGCCAUCACCUUCCUGGCUUGCCAACGGACCUACCACUCCACUCAACAUUCGGCGGAAGCCUGUGCCGAGCUCUGGCCGAGACAGCGACAAUGAGCAGAAUGAUGCCGUGGCCACGCCCGUUAGGCCCAGACCCGCCUCCAGCAUCGGUGUCUAUGGCACUGCGGGCUCAGCACCUACGCAGCGGCGUGUGUCGGGCACAAAACGACCGCUCUCGACAAGCGAUGCCGAAGUGCCAAACACAGAUGCGCUUCGCGAAGGGCCACUGAGUAAGCGGCCGUCCUUGGGUCGAGAUGAUGUCACCUUUGUCAGUCGUCCGACAGGAGCGCUACCUCGGCUUAUACCUAUGGCUCGCCUUUCAGCCGACGAGGCCAAAGAAAGACCUUCUAUUUCAGAGAGCGAGACGUCAACGGAACGAGGUCACGGCGAUGGUACCGCUAAUGGCGUUGAGCUGGUCGAGGGAAUAGCGUCGACGAAAGCGCCUGCGCCUGUAACGCAAGCCCGCACAUCAUCCACAACGUCCAAGUCGCAGGAGGCACGACGCAGGAAUGAGGCCAUGGAGCAAGGACUUCGUCUUGUUAAAGAAGAGAUGAACCUCCUUCGAUGCGAUGUCGAGAUCUUGCAGAGCAGCAUGACCGCUAUCGAAAAUGAAGCCCAGACGCCACGGAAGCGACGUGGUGACGACUCCGUGCUGAAAGAGAUGGACUUCAACAGGACUGCCUCCAUCAGCGCUGAAGUAGACAACAUACAUUCAAGGCUCAAGAAGCUCGAGUUCCUCUUCACAGAUGUGGAUGCAAAGUGGAUCUCGACGAUUCGCAUGCACAAUCGAAUCAUGCAUGAUCUGACCAACGUCUCCUCCGCCCUAGCGGCGGCUCAGACAUCCAAAUCUUCGUCCGAUCCUUCGCAAGCUGAAGUACAUGCGUCCUUGUUGAAGGAGAAGGAAAAGCUGGAGAUUCAAGUCUCAGCUCUAAAGCGCAAGUGCGAGCUUCUGACAACGCUCGAAGCGGAUGGUCGGCUAGAGAACACCGAGAUCCACAAAGCAUUCAACGAAGAGCUUGAUAUGCUUUACGACCAUACACAGACGCCAGAGAGCGAGGAACUGGUCAUCCUCAGGAGGGAGCUCAAACGGACAAAGGCAGAUCAGCAUCAGCUGAUGGUCGAGAACAAGCGACUCAAACGCGAUCUAUCAAUCGAGCAAGCUGAAACGGAGACGUACAGAGCUGCCUUGACCAAGCACGGCCUUCUGUGA